UACUGUGAUUUGCUAACAGCCAUUAAAAGUCGACGAAGAAGAGGCGUGCCCUGGCUACGCGCUGGAGCUGGGAGUGAAGAUGGCGGACGAAGAGGCCGAGCUGGACCGGAGUCCCGAGAACGGCGUCAGUGCAGCGAUCGGAGAGCUCCGAGUUCGGCUGCAGGAGCUGCAGAGGGUCGUUGUUGGAGAGACCGGAGAUCAUCCGGUCCAGGCGUCGGCUGAGUUCUGUCAGGAGUUCUGCACGACGUUGGUGGAGUAUGCGGGGCGUUGGAAGGUUGACGAGGAGCCUCUGGCGCUGGUGGAAGUGUACACUGUGGCUCUGCAGAGUUACGCCCAGGCCUCUCCUUACCUGUCCCUGCAGUGUGAAAACGUCCCCCUGGUGGUGGAACGUCUGUCGCUGAGUUUUGUGGAACUUUUACUCUCACUGAAGGAAAAUGUUCCAGAGGAACUAUGGAAUGAAUUCAAGUCAUGUGUCCAAUUUUCCCACAGCGUGCUGCGUGAGAACAGCAUCACUCAGCUGUCACUGCUCUCUGCUUUGAGCCAGCACAUGGGUGUUUGGACCAACAGUGUCCUGCAAAGCCUUCUGACCGGUGAGAACCUGCAGACACAACAAGUUGAGGAGUUCUUGGGUCUGGAGGGGAUGGUUCUGCUGGAGAUGCGGGUGAAGCAGCUGAUGAAGGAUGAACAGCUGAAGAAGGCUGCACUGCUGGCAAAGGCCUGCCUGGAGUCUGCAGCCUUCCAGGGACAAGGACUUUUCAAGCAGAUGUACCUCGUCUGCCUGUGUGCUACUUCACAACAGGAUCACCUGAUGGAGGAGCUUUCGACGGUGGACUGCCGCGAUGCGUUGGAGAUGAUCUGUAACCUGGAGUCGGAUGGAGACGACAGAGCAGCUUUCAGUUUGUGCUCAGCCUUCCUGUCUCGCCAGCUUCUCCACGCCGACACUUACUGUGCCUGGGAGCUGACUCUGUUUUGGAGCAAGCUGCUGAAGCGGCUGGAACCGUCAGAACAGGCCUUCCUUAGCAGGUGCCGCCAGAUGUCUUUGCUUUCCAAAACUGUCUACCACAACCUCUUCCUCAUCAGGGUCAUCCAAUCAGAGAUUGACAGCAUUGGGCUGCCAGUGUGCAUUGAACUGUGCAUCAGAGCUCUGCAGAUGGAGUCAAACGAUGGGAAUACCAAGGCCACUAUGUGCAAAACUAUUACCUGUUUGCUUCCCAAUGACCUGGAAGUGAAGCGGGCCUGCCAGCUGACGGAGUUCCUGCUGGAGCCCACAGUAGACUCUUACUAUGCCGUGGAGACUCUUUACAAUGAACCUGAUCAAAAACUGGAGGAGGAGAAUAUGCCUAUUACCAAUUCACUACGCUGUGAGCUGCUGCUGGUUCUUAAAACCCAGUGGCCCUUUGACCCGGAAUUCUGGGACUGGAAAACCCUCAAGCGUCAGUGUCUAGCACUAAUGGGUGAGGAGGCUUCAAUAGUGUCAUCCAUUGACUUGCUGAAUGAUACUGAGGACCCUGAUAUCCCUGAGGAGGACCUCUUCAGUCCAGAACGAUAUAAGGACAUCUUGGAACAUUUUGAAACCACCAGUGACCUGAAAGAAGCCAACAUCAAGAAGGAGAAAAACAAAGAAAUAAAGAAACUGAGACAAAAGGGUUUUGUUUCAACCAGGUUUAGAAACUGGCAGGCAUACAUGCAGUACUGCCUGCACUGUGACAAAGAGUUCCUCGGUCACAGGAUUGUACGUCACGCUCAGACUCAUUUCAUAGACGGCGCGUACAGCUGCCCAAUAUGUGCCGGCGCUUUUACCUCAAAAGAGAUGUUGCUUCCUCACGUAGCAUUGCAUGUUAAACAGUCCAGCAAAGAAAGACUGAAUGCAAUGAAAACAAGCAAGCAACUGGCCAACCCCAAAACGGCAGCGCCGCUUUUUCUAGCACUGAAGGCCAAGGCAGAAAAUCAGUUUUAUAAAAAGGUAAACAUUGUUUCUCGGGGGCGUAACAACAUCUCUGCUCACGGCAUUAGGGCCAAAGUCACCGGGUCUGAGGAAAACAUAUGCCCCGUUGGAAACUGCAGAAAGUACUUCAAGUUUUUUAAAAACCUAAUAGCACACAUCAAAGCCCACGGCGACAAUGAGGAAGCGAAAAGUUUCCUUGAAAUGCACUACAAAAAGGUUGUUUGUCAGUACUGCCGCCGUCAGUUCCUCAGUGUCAAUCAUCUGAACGAUCACCUGCAGGUUCACUGCGGCAUCAAACCCUACAUCUGCAUCCAGCUGAACUGCAAGGCAAGCUUUAUGUCCAACACCGAACUCAUUGUCCACAAGAGGGAACACGCCGUUUUCAAGGCCAAGUGCAUCUUUCCUCAUUGUGGAAGGAUUUUUAACGAGGCCUUUAAACUGUAUGACCACGAGGCGCAGCAUUACAAAACCUUUACAUGUCAAAGGGUGGAUUGUGGGAAGGUUUUCCACUCUCAAGCUCAGCUGGAUUUGCAUGAGAAGAGCCAUCAAGCUGAGGAAGAAGCAUCAUCCUCGUCUUCAGGACCGGUGUCCCAAAAUACAGACUCAGGCCCAUCUUUGGUGGCACAAAUGCUUUCUACUGACAUUCCAGUUAAACAGGAGACCCUUGGAGUGUCAAAGAACUGCACUGGUGAAAGUGAAGCUUAUGCAAAUCGUGGCAUGUUGGCAGAGUCUAUCGAGAGUUUGUUGAAAUCGUCACAGAUGGCUGUUGAAAACCCAACACAGCAGGGGGUCACAUGUGAACAACAAACGCCUUCAGUCAGUCAGUCAGCGAAUGUAGAUAGUACCGUUAUUCAGUCUGUGAAGUCCUACUUCCCCGAUCCUUCCAAACCGAGACUGGGUUUCAGCGGUCAUCCUUUAAGCUAUUUAAAACCAGCCCAGCAUAUUCAACCAGUACCUCAGUAUCAAGCAAAUUUAGGUGAAUUAUCACACUCAUGUAGUACUAAUUACUUACAAGGCCAACUGCAAACAUUCCCAAGUAAAGUAAAUAAUGUAUCACUAAGUAACAACACUGACUCCAAAUUGCCGUUGUCCGGACAACAGGCCACAUCUAGUAACGGCUUAAUGGUUGCAUUGGCACAAAACGCCGUAGAUGCGGCAAUGUCACAACUGCUUCCUCCAACAGUUACUCCUUUGAUGCUAAAUGUGAACAGAUCGGAGAAUCCUGUGACCUCCUCUGCGAAUACCGGUCCCCCUCCAGGCCAGAGGGAGCGCUAUCACUGUGCAGUUGAAACCUGUAAACGGCACUACAGCUGCUACCGAAGUGUUGCCAAGCACAUGAAAGCCAGUCAUCCGGAGUUCUAUGAGUCAUGGAAAGUUACUCGCGCUAAAGUCAAGGUGACCUACACUUCACCGUUGAGGACAUCAUUAGUCGGAAACAACACAGAUGUGGUGAAUUCAGCUGAGAACCGACAGGCUAAUAGAGUACCAAUUCCUAGAUUUCAGAGGCAGAAUGUUAUCCAGCCAUCUCCCUACGCAAAUAUUACUGCAAACUAUCCCAUCCUACCAUCCCAGUCAUCUACCCCAAACCAGAAUGCUCAGCUGUUGAUGGAAAAUGUCUUAAAUCCAAUUGUGCUUUCCCAGUUGGGAGGUGACACAAAUCCAUUAAUGGUGGCACAACCUCAGGUUGUCCAAAACCAAAACUGGAACUUAGCCCCUGCAAAAGAACAAAAUCAAAGCUGCGGGUCUUUACAAGUCUAUUCAUCUAAUGUGGAAAAGAUCCCCCAAGUGGACUCUACCACUGGAGCUUUGCUGCCAGAAGUCCCAUCGUGCUCAGUAGUGGGAUCCAGAUUAAACAGACCAGCUGUGUCCCUGCAUCCUCCGCUAAUGGAAAAAAGAGCUCAGUCGGUUCUGCUCUCAUACAUGGACAGGGCAAAAGAAGUUUCAAAACAAACGAAAAGUCUCCAUCCUCUCUAUGCACCCCAGAUCGAAAGCAGUUCAGGUUCCACUCCAAGGCUACAAGAAAAAACAUUUAUCCCAAAUAAGACUCAGUCAGACUUCCCCCCGUCAAAUAAUAUGUGCAAAAAUAGUAGCAGUCCUCCUCCAGCUGAAGCUGUGCUUUCUGAAAAUGAUAAUGAUGAAAAGAUGAAGCGGAACAGAAAAAACAGAAGGACAAAAUGGCCGGCCAUUGUGAAAGACGGCAAAUUUGUUUGUUGUAGGUGUUACAGACAGUUUGAUAGUCCGAAAUCUCUUGGAGGCCAUUUGUCUAAGCGAUCAUCCUGCAAACCAUUUGAAGAGUCUGAGCUGAACACGGAGCUGCCGGCGUCGUUUCUCGACCUGCUCAAUUCAGACCAGACAGUUGGCGUCCUUCAGCCGCCAUUACCUUAUAAUCCGGCUGCGGUUUUUCAGGCGAAACCUUGUCAGCCAGUAACAAGUGGUUCAGUAGUCUCGAAAGAUCCCCCCAUUCCUAAUUACCCCCCAGCUAAUUUACCAUCAUAUGGGAACGGGGAGUCAAGUGACGACAUUCUUAAACAAAUCAUGACUGAAUCCAACAUGUCUGAUCUUUUUGUACAAUCAAAUAUUCAGCAGCAGUUGUUCCAAACCGCGUGCAGUUCCUUUGGGACUGGUGAACGUUUGCCGGGAAACUCGGUCAUACAGCAUACUGAAAAUGUCCAAAUAAAGCCUGGCAACACCUCGUACAGUGCAGGUCAUUACCCUCAGCCAAGUGUUGAUUCUUUUGCCACCAAUGACUUUUCUGACCCACUUCUUAGUCAGAUCCUUACAGAAAACCAGUCCACUGCAUCUGCUGCUAAUGUUCCCACAAACCACAUGUCGCCUGUGGGAAUCCUUGGGGAAGGGUAUUGCUCUGGGUCCAACAUUCAGAUGCCAGAUAAAGAUUCCAACUCAGUGAAGCAGUCACUGAUGCCCAAUACUCGGCUCAGUCCAACAGAAAGUGUCAGUCAGUCCGAGAGCCAGCGAAGAGGCCCUGAACAAGAAAUCAAAAAGAGGCUACGGGAUCAGAUAUUGUCUGGUGACUUUCAACGUAGAAACAACUUAUUUCAUUCGCUUAACAUUGACUCUGAUGGCAGUAUGCCUUUUGCCCCAGUGUGUAGUCCAUCCAAAAACUCUGGGCUACAUCAAAUGUCUGGUGAUGCAAAGACUGAUUUGGCUAGUCUAGCAGACAUUCACAAAAAUGCAGGGGUUUGCUCUUUGUCUUCUGGUGAAACUGAAGGUCUUCAUAAUACACCGAGCUUUACUGAUUUCAGAGAGGCCUCAUCCUCACAGGAGGUACGUAACCCAACUGUCAUAAUGGCACCUGAUGCAGAUGUUGAGCCUACUCAGCUCUCUGCGAGCCAACAGCAGUGGAUGACAGAAGUUCAAAAUGCAUUUGAAAGACUCAAUUUGGUUAGAGAAGUACCGGAUUGUGUGGCGCCGUUUGUGAAACCAAACGAUAUCACCUUACCACCCGUGUCAGGCGCUGCCACAAAGUGCAGGUUACCGAGAUCGUCUUUGUUAGCGACUUCCAGUAAGGCGUUUGUUUGUGAAGCCAAAGGGUGCCCGUUUAGAACCGUAUCGAGCGAGUCGUUCUGGAAACACCUCUCUAAAAGCCACAGCUACACACUUGAAAUGAUAAAUAUCAUUAAAAAGAGGUAUGGUCUCUAUGCACCUUUCAAGUGUGUCAAAUGUAUCAAGGCAUUCACCCGUAACGCAAACCUUCGUGUUCACUACCGGUCAGUUCACAAGUUGUCUACUGAGGAAGUUGCCCUUUUGGAUAAGAAGCGCAAACAAACCAAAACAGACACUUUGGGUGUGAUUCAAAGUCCAUCUGUUAACACCAGUCAGGCUCCAACUCCUCAAACAAGAAUCACAAACCCUUCAGUAGUGAUGAACAGCACGUCUUCAGUCCCGCCACCUGAAAAAGACGUCUGCACGCCCGCUGAGUUCAUUGCCCGUACCAGCAUGGCCAGAAGUUACUUCAAUUUGCAGCCCAACACGGUCAUUCAGUCUUUGCCAGCAGCUUCCACACAGAACCAGACUUUGCCUUCAGUAAACCCUCAGAUGUUUCCAUCACUCUGUCCGUCAGUGAAACCAGGAGUCCGAGCUGUGCCGUGGUCAAGCGGCCCACAGAGGAAGAAGUCCAAAAUGAUCCCACAGUACACCAGUGCUCAAAACACGGGAGCUCAUUUAUCAUGCGGGCCGGUCCCCUUCAUCCAGACCCUCUCAGCGCCGGCUCUGCCCAAUGUGUCUCAUUCCCCAGACAAACCCACAAUGGUUAAACCAGUUCUAGAAUAUCCCAAGAAGAAAAAAGUGAAGAAAUCUGACUUGAGAAAUGACCCGAGCACAUACAGACCGUAUCGCUGUGUGCAUCAAGGCUGCAUGGCGGCCUUCACCGUCCAGCACAAUUUGAUCCUCCAUUACAGAGCUGUUCAUCAGCCUGCUUUGUUGGCACUGGAGGUGAAUAAGGAGCAGGACCAGACAGACGGACCCAGUGACACGAAGAAACAAGAUGAUGAGGACCUGGCAAGAAACGCCCCUCCGGUUUCAGAAUUAAGGUGCCAACACAAAGACUGUUCGCAAGUUUUUCAAGAUGUUUGUAGCCUGUUGCAACAUUGCCUUCAGCUCCAUGAGCUCACACUUAAAAAGCUCGGCAGUUGGUUCUCCGGUGUCAAUUUCAGCAAGCUGGCGUGUGGUUAUCUGGAGUGCACAAAAACAUUCAUCAGUUUCUGGAAGUAUGUGAAACACAUGAAAUCUGAACAUAAAGAUCUAAAGCUUUCCAUCUUAAAUCGCGUGUAUAAGUGCGAACAGGAAGGCUGCAACCACGCCUAUUCCACAAAGUCCAACCUCCUCAGGCAUGCCAUAAAAAAACACCGCAAAAUCUACAAACCAAAAAGUCCAAAAAGGCGAAAAAUGGAAGGACGUGUGAAACCCAACCCCAAGACUUUGGGCUACCAAAUAAAGACCACGAGCAACGGGAAGGAAAACAUCGAGAGCAAUCAAAAGUUGGUACGAAGAGGACGUGACGCCAAGAGGGUCGUUGAGAAGAAGACUAACUGCUGGAUUAGUUCAUUGAAAUCUGAAACAGAAGCUUCUGCGAUGUGCACAAAGCAGUUUGCGUUUCAGUACCCGUGUAUGAUAAAGGACUGUGAUUUGGUUGUACGCACAAAGCGGAGCAUAAUCAAGCAUUACAUGGAGCACGGUGUUCCCGAAGAUUACCUAAAAGAGCAGCGGAGACGCUUCAUACUGUGUAAAUACGUCAAAUCCAGCACCAUCAAAAGUGACGACGCUUCUGAGCUGUCGGACAAUGACCAGGAAGGAAGUGAUAAAGAACCCUCCUCGAAGCCCAUCCUCCGCAGGAGGCCAGCGCCUUCGAUUCCCGCCGAGUUACUGGAUGGCAAACCUUCAAAUGACGAAAGUUCUGAACCUGGUUCCGAUAGCUCCGUGACUGUAAAACGCAAACGAGGCCGUCCACGGAAAGCUGCUGAAAAACCUGUAAAACGUAGAAGAAUGUCGCGGUGGACCAAGAUCGACAUCGAUGACACUAAAGACGAUGAAUCAGAGGCUGCGUCUCCGGCUCUGCCGCCGCAGGAGCCGCGUCAGCCGAGUGCGCCCCUGGCCUCGUUUAAGCCCAUGGGGUUCGAAAUGUCUUUCUUACAGUUUCUGGAACAAUCAAAUAAAGUGGAGAGUUCUCUAGUGAAGAAACUAGAACUGCCGCCAGUAACAAAAAAACCGGCCUCAAAUCAGCACGCCAAAGAAAGUUGUGUCAAGUUCAGCAACCGCCAAAAAUUGAAGUCUCUCAACAAGGUGAAAAUCAUGGUGAAGGGAGUUGCAGCCGGUGUGACGGAGCCCAUGCUGAGACAGCUGCAGGACAUGAAGCCCACAGUGGUUUUAAAACGGAAAUCUCUCCUCCCCAAAAUCUCAGGAGCAGUAUGAUUUUUACUGAAAACACAAAAACCUGCUGCAGACUUUAUGACAUCAGACACUACGGAGCUCCCGCCGUCUGUACUGCAUGUUUUAUUUAAAUAUGAUGACACAUCAGAGUAUGGCCUCCUCGUCCCGCCCCGUGGGACUGACACACGGACUCACACAUAGGUUCAAAUGUUUUGUGUAGUUUGUGAUUUGAAGAUGUCGAUUUUGUGCGCUGUGUAUAUAGUUUUAAAUCGUCCACUGCCACCAGCAGUCUUACUACGAUUAAAUGAACUUGUUUUUUUAAUUAUUAUUGUUGUUAUUAUUACACCCAGUUUUACUUGUAUUUUUAAUGAUUUUUUUUUUUUUUUUUUUUUUCCCCCCCCAAUACUUUCAUGUGCCAUUUUGUUUUGAAGAUUAUCCGGUUGAAGGUUCUGUGGUCUGGAUCCUGAGCACUAGAUGAUUUGUUCAAGCAAGUUUUGAAUUGUUGGAAACAAAUGAACUUCAUACUGUGCUGAUGAUUUAUCAACUUAAAAAGAAAUUGAGUCCUUUCAAUUAAACUGUCCUAUGUA